AGGCUGCGCGCUGAGCAUGCCGGGAUUGAUAUCGGCGUUCUCGCGGUGUCUGAUCCUGGCGGCGUAGUGUGUGCUCUUCGGCUCGGCGCACUUUCGAGAGUAAAUAAGGACAGCUCCAGUGGAUGUCCUGUCAGCUUUUGCCGCCCCUCCUCCCCACGAACGGCGUCUGCAGCCCCAACACAACGCAAAAAUGUCCCGGGAUUCUCCGCAGAUGGCACGCUACAGGGACACCUGCCCCAUAGACUGCAAGGUGUACGUCGGUGAGUUGGGAAACAGUGGCACCAAGCACGAAUUGGAGGAGGCGUUUGGCUACUAUGGGCCCCUGCGCAACGUGUGGGUGGCCAGAAGCCCACCUGGCUUCGCCUUUGUAGAGUUCGAAGACCCGAGAGACGCACGGGAUGCUGUGCGCGCACUGGACGGCAAGAUGCUUUGCGGCCGUCGUGUGCGUGUAGAGUUAUCCACGGGGAAGUCUCGCAACUCUUCGUAUCGUGGCUCCUCACGUCCCUUUCAGCCAACGGACCGUUGCUACGACUGCGGCGAAAGGGGCCACUACGCCAGAGACUGCAGGGUCUACUCGCGCAGGAAUUCCUCGCGCCGUAGCCGUUCAAGGUCCAGGAGCCGCUCGUUCUCUCCUCGCCGUGGAGGAGGCGGAGGCGGUGGCCGCUCCCGCUCUCUGAGCAGGUCGCCCCGGAGGUCCCCGCCAGCCGGAUCUCGGAGCCGCUCACGCAGCCGGUGAGUGGCACAACCCCCUCUCACGGCCACUGCAGAUCUCCCAUUGCCAAGAGGGGCCGCAGUGGAUCCAAGUCGCCGAGUCGCAGAGAUUCUCGCAAUGGAAACCUUGACUGAGAACACGCACACAUGCUUCUUUAAGUGCAGGUGCCAGCAGCAGCAGAAAAUCUCAUCACUCCUGUUUUCAUCAAUUUAAAUAGCAAAAAGAAAAAGCUCAUCAGCAUUCUCUCCCAAACCCACAUUGCAGACAUCUCACGUGCGACCUCCUCAGCUUGGCUAAAUAGGCAUAGCACUUCUCAUUCAUUUGUUCCUGUGGCGAUGUUUUCAUUCUCGUAGGGCAAUUUAAUUUCCGCAAAGGUUCUGUGGGGAGGAAUUGUGUUGUCAUUGAGUCGAGGACAUUCCAAGUGAAAUACCCACAAUCAGUUCAGCUGCCCACAAGCCAUCUUGCCACAGAUGAUUACCUCCAUACGUUCUUUUGCUGUGAACAAUAAACUGUGCUGUCUGUCAUCAUG